CCCCGCUCCGUUCCCCAGCCGCGUCCGGCCGCCAGUCGGCGAGGAGCCGCCGGCGAAGUAUUGACGCCAGAUCUUUCCGUCCGGCCAUGCAGAAUAAUAAAGAGGCUGCGGGCGCGGCAGAAUCCCAUGGGACCGCAGGGAAGCGGGCACGGAGCGGCGACUGCGACGACACCGCCAACGAUUUCAUCAGCUGGCUCCCCGACGCCGUCCUCGGCACCAUCAUCUCCCUCCUCCCCACCAAGGACGGCGGCCGCACGCGGGUCCUCUCCCGCCGAUGGCGCCACCUCUGGCGCUCCGCGCCUCUCAACCUCGAGGUCAGCAUCCGACCCCCGGGCGUCCCACCUUCCGCCGUCUCCCAGAUAAUCUCCCAGCACCAUGGCCCCGCACGCAGAUUCUCCUUCCACUGCCACGGCGCCGACGACCUCUGCGCCCAGCCGGAGAGCUGGCUCCCCUCCCGCGCCCUCGCCAACCUCCAGGAGCUCGACAUCGCCUACGCCAAACCCCCGCUGCUGGCAUCGCUUCUCCGCUCUGCAUCCAACAUCCUUGUCGCCAAGAUCAGCCAUUGUGAUUUCAAGCCGGCCAUGAUCAAUUUCCCCUUCCUCAAGAAGCUCUCCCUAUUUUGCGUUUCCAUCUCAGCGGACCUCUUCCCCAGACUGCUCUCCGGCUGCCAUGCCCUGGAGAGUUUAUACAUGACCAACGUUCGUGCUGUGGGUUGCAUCCGUCUUCGCUCGCCGACCAUCAGGACCAUCAUCUUCCGUCAUAGCUAUGGUGAAACCGCGGAACUGAUCAUCGAGGAUGCUCCUCGCCUUGUGAGGUUACUAGUACCUUAUUGUGAGAGAAAAGAUAGUGUGACUAUCAGGGUAAUUAGGGCGCCUAAUCUGCAGAUAUUGGGACCUUUCUUUGUCGUCGUCUCCAAGCUCCUACUCUACCAGGGAGUAAGCCUAGUUAGCUCAACAAACUCGAUGCCCACCUUGAAGGUUUUAGCUCUCAAGUCUUCUGAGCAGAAAUUGCAUGCAGUUCUUAACAUCCUUAGGUGGUUCCCCUGUUUGGAAAAGCUCUGUGUUAUUUUUCAUACAAACCGUGAGAUGAAUGACGAAAAUGAGCCUCAGUAUGACCCACUACAUCCAAUCGAAUGCCUCGAGACCCAUCUAAAGAAAGUGGUGUUUAAGUCAUUUGAGGGCUAUGCCAAACAGGUUGACUUUGCGAGGUUCUUUGUAUUGAAUGCAAAGGUGCUAGACAAAAUUGAAUUUGAAGUAAAAAAUCACUACAGCAGUGGAACGGUGGCUUCUAAACACAAGCUGCUACAAGUGGAAAACAGAGCUUCCCGAGAAGCUCGGUUUGAAUUCAGGACUAUUUCAUACUGACAGAGUACCAUGUCAAUAAGCAUAACCAUGAUUGGUCGGUCAGUAGCCGACCCCUUCCGACAGCCGUCGACAGCGUUGAUGCCUGAAGAUUGCACUGUCUUGUGCUCAUUUUGUAAAUUGUGUUGAUGCCUGAAGAUUGUCUUCCGCAUAAGUCUGCUCUAUAUCCAGUCUAAAGUUC